AUGCCGUUUCAGCCUCCCCAAAACGCACCCGCAGGUGACGCGUUAUUACCUCUCUUUGCAAAUUUUAACGCUUUUGUUCAAGGGCUCGCUGCUGCCGAGGGCCCACCGCAAAAUCCGCACGCGAAUGCGCCCCCGGAGGCAGCAAACAAUUCUCAACGCCAGUCAGGUCGGGAAGAAAACCCCCCUCCUGUUGCAAGUGUGAACGACAGUAUAAUAAGAAUCCUUCAACAAGAUUUUAUGGGGCGCAACGCCAGACCGCGAGACCCGUCUGGCCGAAUCGGGGCCCCUCCGCUCGUUGCGCCUAACCCACUUGAAAUUGUUGCACGCAUCAUGGGCUUAGGGCACCUUGGUGACGCCGUUUAUUCGCAAGAAGAGCUCGACCGUGUAAUCUCCGAAUUAAUAGACCAAACUUCCAACACCAACGCACCCGGGCCUGCAACAGAAGCAGCGAUUCGAGCUCUACCCAAGAAGCCGGUGGAUAAGACCAUGCUUGGCCAUGAUGGCAAAGCAGAGUGUUCUAUUUGCAUGGAUAACGUGGAAAUAGCAGAGAAAGUCACCGAACUACCGUGCAAACACUGGUUCCACGGAACUUGCAUAUCGGCAUGGUUGAUCGAGCAUGACACUUGCCCGCAUUGUCGCAGAGGAAUAAUGGAAUCUUAUCGACAGCAGCAUCCGUCGCCCAAUUCGAGUCCGUCGGGCUCAUCAUCCUCUCUGCCUAGCUUAAUUAGCGUGACGUCUCCUUUUCCUAUGCCUAAUGGCUCCAGCAGUCCUCACAAUUCGAAUGGCACACCGACUAGGUCCGAAAGCGACCAACAGCGCCCAUCGAGUAGUGGCGGGAAUGGUCGAUUUACGGGGUGGAUGAGAAACCAUUUUGGCGGUGGCAGCAGUGGUACCUGA